UUGGCAUCUGGAUUUGUCAUAUGGCACGUGAUUGGAAACGUGAAAAGUCUUAUGAAAUUUAAAGUGUAGCAUGAGCAAGCGAGACACUGUGCCAGGGCGCCCUCCCCCACCCAAAAGCAACUCCAUGAAGCUCAGUUUCAAAUCUCUUGAGCAGGAAGAAGAAGAUGAGGGCGUUUUGACCUCCAUGACAGGAGAGCUGGACAAAAAAGUUUCAGAAAAUCGUAGGAUUAAUGAAGGGAGUAGAGCACUGGGAAGGACUGCUGAUGGACGCAUACCAACGAAGUUACAGGCGGGGCCAAAACCUAAAGAAGAGGAUAAAAUAUCAAGAUGGAAGCAUAACUUGUUAGAAAUAUCAACUGAAGUGCGAAAAAAAGUUUCUGCAAAGUUAGAGGACUUUUCAAAGGAAAUAGCUCCUGAACCAGAGACUGAAUCUUUGGCAGGUAAAACCAAACCACCAAAACAGAGGAGCUUAGACUCAGAUUUACCAUCAUUUGUAAAGAAAGAGGAAAAUGACAGUGAGAAAUUCUUUGAUGUUAAUAAGGAGCCAGAUCAUAAAAUCAGAGAAACUGUGGAUGACUUUCAGUUAGUGGAUGAUUAUUACCAGGAACCUAUUGAAGAUUUUAGUGGAGUUCAGUCAUUUCCCGACCUCCGUUAUCGAAAUCGCACUCUUCCGCAGAAAUUUCGACGUACUAAAUCCAAUGUCACAACGGGAACUGUAUCGCUUUCAAAUCUAAAGGCCCAGGAAGAGGUAGUGGCAGAAACAAUAGAAAACAUUAGUGCUCAGGAAAAUUCUGCCUUCAUUUAUCAGGCUUCCAACACAUUACCGAGACCAGCAUCAAAUCAGGGCCCUGCUGUCGAGAGGAAAAAUGAGAAGAGCUUGGUCCCAUGGCGUAAUUUGAUAAUAGGUAUCAGUUGUUUGGUUGUGUAUUGGCUUUUACCCCUCCCCACUUAUUUUUCUGGAGUAGUAUUUGGGAUCCUUAUUUCUUCCCUAUGGUGGAAACUGUACAUCUGGAUAACACGACCACCCCCACCCAAGGAAAAACCAGAAUAUGUCCCAUUAGAAGACCUGCCGCCAUUUGUACUUCCAAAUAUGAAAGAGGCAAAGUUUAUUGAUGGCGUUUAUAAGGGUUGGAUGAAUGAAAUAGGAGAGUAUGAUCCAUUUAAUCACCAUAUCAACAACACACACCCAGUACAAGUGUUACUUGAAGGGACCACACUAAGGUUACGGAGACCUAAAACCAAUGUUCCAAGGAGAGCCAUGUGGGAUGAAGAAAAAAUCUUAGUAAAGGAGUUCAUUCAUCAGAGACAUUUUGAUAUCAGAGGCAGCAGCAUCUCUUUGGUUCCAUCAGAGUUGGUGAGUAAGAGGUUUUGGAGUAAGAAGUAUCCAAUUCGUAUUGGUUUUGCCACGGCUGGAAAGAAAAUGAAGCAGCCAGACGCAGACACGCCCGAUACUGAGGCUGGAUUUGAACUUGUGACAGAGGAAAGGUGUGAUGAAAAUGUUGUGUUUUUAUUCGCCAGAACUUGCCGUGAUAAGGAGGACUGGUUCAAGAGACUCGUUGCGGCAGCAGAUGGAUCACCACUCAAGAAUCCCAUCGGCCAAAUUCGAAAAUUUUAUGAGACUCCCAAGAAACAACUUGAGCAACGAAACAGCACCAGUUCUCAAAGUGACAACUCGUCACACAAACGUCAAGGUUCAGUGGACAGCAUGACCCAUAAACGUCAAGGGUCGACAGAUUCCAUAUCUUCUGUUAGCUCUUCUCCAACUAGUGAGAAGGAGGAGGUAUUGAGUCCAGAACAAGAGUUGGAACUCUUUGUGAGAUACAUGAGUAGAAUGAUGCCAGGGGACAUGUAUGAUCGAUACGCUUCAGUGUACGCGCAGACUCACCCGGUCAUCGAGUGUGAAGAACAGCUGUUAUGGUUGAAUGCUCUCAUUAGUCGGUGCUGUUGGGACUUCCUUAGACUUUCUACCUGGUCAGAAAAAGUCAGGGAUAAACUCCAAAGGAAACUGAAUACUAUUCAUAUACCUUACUUCAUCGAAGGAUUAAAUAUCACCGAAGUAGUGCUUGGUAACCAAAUGCCAGUUAUUCGGAAGGCAUCCAAGCCUUUCUUUGAUGAAAAUGGAUUUUGGAUAGACCUGGCUCUGAAUUAUGGAGGCGGUUUUCGGAUGACAAUUGAAACAAAAGCUAAUUUAAUGAAACUGAAAGAUUCGGUUGCUGCAAAGGAGAAAGAAGAAAAAGUCAAAACCAAAAAAUUAGCCAUCACUGAUGAGGAAGCUGAAGACAGCGCAGAAUCAUCGACAGACGAGGAAGAAGAAAGUGUGGGAGAGGAAGAGGGAGGCGGUGGGAAGGCAGGUCAAAAAUUCAUGCGAUACCUGGAUAAGUUAACUCAAUCAAAAUACGUCCAGUCAGCCAUGGACUGGAAGUAUGUGAAGAAAGCAAUGGAGGAGGUGUCCAACACUCCCAUAAUCCUCACGGUGGAGGCCCACUACCUGUCUGGAGAACUGGCCCUGAACAUUCCAUUCCCACCUACAGACAGACUCUGGUAUGGAUUUAAGGGAAAUCCUAAAUUAACCUUAGUAGCAAAACCUAAAGUUGGUGCUAGACAAGUCACAGUAACUCAUAUCACAGAUUGGAUUGAGAAGAAACUCUCAGCUGAAUUCCAGAGAACCUUUGUGCUCCCUAACAUGGAUGACCUAAUAGUUCCUCUGUUUAAAGUCUACAAUCCCAAGUCAGAAGAUAAACAAAAUGUUUGACCAAUCUAAAACCUGACAAAGUGUACUUACCAUUCAUCAUUGCUGCAUGGAACUUGAGGCUUUAGAAUUGGCCUUCUUUAGGGGGGGGUAUCAAUACAGAUGAAACUUUUUUUUUUUGAUCAGCUGUUUUUCUGAUCUUGCAACUUAAAAUACAACAAGUCAUUCCAAAAAACAAAAUACACAUUUCAAAACAGAGUUUUACAGCAAUACAGAAGCUUGAUACUGUUGAAUCUGGAAAACUUAAACAUGUGGCUUUUCAUCAAGUAAUAUAUGCCUAUGACAGUGUUGAAGAUCCUGUGAUGAGAGAUUUGUGGCUACUGACAUUUUGCUUCCCAACUACUGUUGCCUACCUCCUGUUCUGCUUGAGUGAUCUUCCCAACUGUUGUUAUUUACCUCUUGUUCCGCUUGUAUGAUCUUCCAUAUUUAAGACUGCAAUAAUACUUUACUAGAAAUAUUGAGGCAAUAUUUGGCAAGUUAGCUGACAGGAAAAUUUACAAGAAAAUUUAUUAUAUGGUAAAUAUGUUAAUUUUAAGACUUCUGUAGUACAUAUUUAUUGUUGGUAGACAAAUACAAAGAAAUCCAAUAUUAGAUUUUGUGGAAAUGAUAAAUUUAUGCCUGUAGUUUAUCCUUUUCCCCCCUUAAUUUUCACAAUACAAUUCAUGUACGAGUACAGUUGAACCUCUAUAUCCCAGUCACUGACAGAAAAAGUCAAGUGAGUUCAAAUCAGAUCAGGGUAUUGAGGUUUGACUGUACAUGUUUAGAGAGGCAUAUAUUCAUAAUAAUGUUUAUAAGGAAAGUACUUUUCACCACUUUUUAUUGACAUGCAAUGCUUGCUUCCCCACCCCAAUAUAUUUUUGAUAUUGUUUAUAUAUACAUUUGCUUUGAAGUUAGUACAGACCAAUCUUAACAGUGAUACGUGAUAAUAAGCACUUAAAAUACCUUAAUGAAAACUGCUGAGUUGAAAUACAAAUGAAAUACUUUUUAUGAAGUUUCAGCCAAUAGAUGUUUCAUUACUAUUCAAUCUAAUUAAAAUUAGAUCUUCUCAAAAGUGAUAGCAGAUUCGGAAUAUCUAUUGAAUUUUAAUUAGAUUGAUUACUAUAGACAAUUCUACACUUGUACGUAAAAAUAGUAAGUUUUCAUAAAAUGCAAUAUUAUUUAGCAGGAGUUAUAUUUCCGUUUAACUCCCAUAUUGAAGGCCAACUUAAUGUUCAUUAUGUAAGCAACUUGUCAUCAUAUUGUCCACUGUGGCAUAGGAAAGAUUUUUCCAUAGAAUAUAUGUUUGUUAAUUUAACAUCCUUUAAUUCCCAGAUUCUUAAUUUUAUUAUGAUUUUUUCUCGCAAAUAUAUCUGCUACACAUAUCUAAAUAUGUUUGGACAAAGAUGAAAAAAUUCCCCAUUUGUUUGACACAAAGAUGACAGUCAUGGGAAAUAACUCCCAAGAAAUAUGCCAUACGAAAAAUAUCAAAUAUACAUGGAAGAAAUUCAAAAUCUCUUGUUUACAGAGGUAAAUUGACAGCAUAGAAGCAUAGACAUGGUCUCUGUUGCCUUCCCCUCAUUGUGUUUAUACUAAAAGGAGGCAGGGUCAUAGAAGUCAGAGUGUACUGUAUUUAGUAAACAUGGUAUUUAAUGAUGUUUUGGUACUUCAUUUGAUAUUAUCGGGCCCUUGAGUAUUACAGGGACAUACAGACUUGCUCAGUAGAUCUUUUUAAGUAAAUAGAUAGUACUGGAAAUUUUUUCUAAUGCCUUGAAAUUCUCUAAGUUUGCCCAUGCAGUUUUCUUGCAGUUUCCUCCUAUAGACCACAUAAGAAAAUGUUUAACCUCUGUUUGAUUCAAAAUAGGUAAAUAAGUAAUAGAAAUUUUAAAAUUAUAUUUUGUUUGCAAAAAUAUCUCAGAUGAGCAGAGAUUUAAUCGUAGUUGACACUGAGGUCAUAAAGUACACUCAAAAUCCCCUGAACAAAAAUUAAAUUGUAACCAUUUUGGUGUGUAGAAGGAGGGGAUGAAAAGGGGAAGAACUGUGAACAUUAUAAUUACUUACUCUCUACUUCAGAAACAAUGGGAUACAUUUUACCCAUUUGUGACCAGUAUUUGUAUAAUUAGCUUGAAUUUGUUUGAUCACAACUGCUGGUACAUAAAUAUCAAUGUAUUAUUAAUGUACAAGUUUGACAUUUCAAGACAUUUUGGUGUUCUUGAAGUUUGAAACAUUGCAGAAGCAAAACUUGCCAAAAUGUGAAUUGAAAUUAGAUUGUCUAUGAUUUGACAACAGUGUGUUUGGAACAGAUAAUUUCUUAAUAGCACAUACUUAGCAUUUUUUUUUCUUCAAUAAGUUGCUUUUUUAUAUCUGACUUUUUUUUUCAUUAUUUGUUAUUUUAAAGAGUUGAAUAAGGGUAUAUUUAUCUCUUGAUUUCUUAUGUAAAUGUGUUAUAAUUGGUUUAUCUAUUUCAUUUUUUCAACAAAUGUCUCAUUUUCUUGCAAUAGAGUACAUAGAUGUAGUAACCUGGUUUGCUAGUUUUGUUUGUUUGUUUUUGAAAUUGUUAAUUUAUCUUUUAUGUCAUGAAUGCUCUAGUGUAAGAUGGAAGCCAAUGGUGCCAUAUGUUUAUGUAUACUCUUGUUGCUAAUAAAACAAUUAAGACAUAA